AUGAGGAAAGAGGGUCCGGGGCGCUGGAGAGUUGGGGAGACGAUGGAGCGACGGGUAGAGCAGCUUGGGCCGAGCCGCGGGGGUGGAAUCCAGACGCCGGGCGGGGGAGGGGGCGGCGGGACGCGAGCGAGCCUGCUUCCUGGAGGGAGUGCAGACAAGGACCAGGAGCGGGAGCCGAGUCUCGCGGCCCGGGGCACGGCGCCGCCCGCCCCUCCCCGGCAGUGCCUCCCGACCCCCUGCCCUCCGCUGGGAUAUGGCCUGAGGCCCCCCGCCCGCCGCCCGGGACCCCUCCCCCACGCUGCCCCGGGACCCUUGCCCCAGGAUCGCGGGGUCUCCUCCCGGCCCCACUGCCCGCCCCGGCGAGAACAGGCCCGGCGGGCAAGGCGGCGGCGGACCGAGGGAGGCCUGGCCCGGCAGCGGGGAGAAGGGCGCGGCGCAGCCCGAGUUUCCCACCUUUUCUCCUGGCCCAGACGCGGCUGGGGCGGACGGGACCUCUCGCGCUCUGCCUCCUCCUCCUGCUUCAUGGAGCCAUGCGCCUGGGUGGGGGCUCCUGAGAGAAGCUGGCCUGCGGGCGGGCCGGACGCGCUGCGCGGACGGGGCGGGGCGAAGGAGGCCGGCGGGCGGAGGAGGAAGCGGCGGGGCGGCGGCGGCCGGGAAGAACUAGAGGUAUUCCCCGGGCGGCUGGAGGACUGAGUCGAGCCGGGACCCGAGUCCUCCGGUAUCCCAGCAGCCACCGGAGGCAGUGAGGUAAUGGAGGAAGAAUGUAGGGAGUCCUCCAGUGGACCACACUCCCUCUAGCGAUCCGCGGAAACCAUAGAGAUCAGGGCUCAGCCAGAGGGCCGGCCCACUGCUGUCACGUGGCCUUCAUCCGUGCGCUUUAUUGGCUGGUGCUGGCUCUACGGGGUUGAAUUUUGGACGCUGCCUGCCAUUCGUGGGGCCGAGUUUCAGGCAGCUGGAAUAAAGAGAGACAUCGGGGGAAAGCCGCGAGAAGGCCAGCGUCCCUGGCCGGGCGCAGAGCUAGCGGAGUAGGGCACCCGGCCGUCAAACUGGCCGGCGCAGUGCACACUGGGCCGCCCCGGAGCGGUCGCAGAGCCCGCCGGGAGUCGUAGUCCGGGACAGGCCCGCGGCAUGGUCCGCGACGCAGCUCGGGAUCCGGGUCGGGUUGUCCGCCGGGUUGCUGCCGGGCACCGUCGUGCGUUAGCCACCCAGCGUUGGGCUGCCAGCGGCUGUUCUCCCUAACCACCCUCGCUCACGUCGCCUCGCCUCGCCUCGCCUGACCGGCCGCAGCCUUGGAUACCAGCCUUAAAUCGAGCCGACGACGGCCCAGCCCCGUCCGCGGCGAGGUGCGCGGGGUUCGGUGCCAGCCGCUCGCCCCUGGCCGGGCCAGCCUCUUGAUGCACCGGGGACGGGCGCGCCCACCCGACUCUUCGAGGGGCGGCAGGGCCCCAUCUGUGUCUUUCGCUCCCAAGCCCCCAGCUAGAGUUGGCUUCAGCGGAAUACCUACUGUGCAGGAUUAUUCAACAAGCCGAUUGAUCACAUUCUUCAGCUCUAGCAGGGCAAAGGCUUCACUCAAAAAGAACAUUACAAAUUUUUUUGAGAGAAAUUUGGGGGUAAAUUUAAUUUUAAAUACUGAUUUUUGAUAACAUUUGAUCUUAUGACAGCAUUUGUAUUUUUAAUUACAGAUAGGAUUACACUAAAAGUCAUUUCUGACCUGUUCCCUUACCCUUAUGGCUAAAAUAAACUGUUAGGCCCUGAAGCAAAGGCGAGCCAUGUUCUAGAGCAAUGUCUUUCUUGUAUUAAAAAACGGCCCCAUGCUCACA